UUUUAUUUUGAAGUGUCUCUCAGUAAAUCGUCAUCUUUGAAUCUCUCUUCAUGUUACGUACUACGCCCCUUGUUGAUAAAAAAGACAGUAAUCAGAUGUACAAUUAAAACCUUUUUUUUAUUAUUAUUCGUGGGGAAAAUAAGGAGCCAGUACGCUUUAUUUAAAAGCUACUGUAACUGGCCAAAACCAUGCAAAAGUAUGAGAAGUUGGAGAAAAUAGGAGAGGGUACUUAUGGGACCGUUUUCAAGGCUAAAAACAGAGAAACACAUGAGAUUGUGGCCCUCAAACGAGUGAGAUUGGACGAUGAUGAUGAGGGGGUUCCAAGUUCAGCAUUACGAGAAAUUUGCCUCCUGAAAGAACUGAAGCAUAAAAACAUUGUAAGGUUGCAUGACGUCCUUCACAGUGAUAAGAAGCUGACAUUAGUGUUUGAGUAUUGUGAUCAGGAUUUGAAGAAAUACUUUGACAGCUGUAAUGGCGACUUGGAUCCAGAGAUUGUCAAGUCUUUUAUGUACCAGUUAUUGAAGGGUCUUGCCUUCUGCCACAGCCGAAAUGUUCUCCACCGAGACCUUAAACCACAAAAUCUGCUCAUCAACAGAAACGGUGAACUGAAGUUAGCUGACUUUGGCUUGGCCAGAGCGUUUGGGAUACCUGUACGUUGUUAUUCUGCAGAGGUGGUGACGCUGUGGUACAGGCCUCCAGACGUGCUGUUUGGUGCUAAGCUAUACUCUACCUCUAUUGACAUGUGGUCCGCAGGGUGUAUAUUUGCAGAAUUGGCAAAUGCAGGACGGCCCUUAUUUCCUGGUAAUGAUGUGGACGACCAACUAAAAAGGAUCUUUAGGUUGCUGGGAACACCGACAGAAGAACAGUGGCAGACUAUGAAUAAACUUCCAGAUUAUAAGCCGUACCCAAUGUACCCAGCUACUACAUCACUUUUGAAUGUCGUCCCGAAGCUCAGCAGCACUGGCAGAGACCUACUACAGAAUCUUCUGAAAUGCAAUCCAGUUCAGCGAAUUUCAGCAGAGGAAGCCCUGCAGCACCCGUAUUUUGCCGAUUUCUGCCCACCCUAAAUGUCAGAUCCCUUCAGCAUCGUUUAGGAACACAGAUGGGCCAGUCUUACCUCGUGAAACACCUUCAGCACCUCCAGCGUUCAGUUAUCUGUCAGUUCCUGUGCAGGAUAGAGGGACCCCGAAACACUCCUCCCUCCAAAUGCUUAUUAUGUUUGAUAAUAUGAAUAUGAUUAUGAUAGUGACACUCUCUAAUUCACUUGUAGUUACCAAGAUGUCAGACGUCCUGGCCCUGCAGAUUUCAUUUGGUUGCCAUUUGGUGCUUCAUAGAUCUUUAAUGGUUUACAAAAUGCUGCUGUGAAGACUACUGAAAGCAGCGUUUUUGUUUUUUUGUGAAAGAUCAAAUGUGCAGUGUAAUUUAAAAAGGUACAGCGCACAUAUUUGAUUUAGUUUGUCACAAUAUGUAAUAUUUAAAAAAAAGUUACUUUUCCACGUUUGUUUUGUGUUGUACGUUUCAAUAAGGAUAUAAGGGAAAGUGUAGAGUUAUUGUGUGACUGUCAUUUUGUACGAAAGAGAUUUUAGAAGAAAUUUUAACAAUUCUGUUAGUGUUUUUUUUUCUUCCUACUAAAUUUCAGCAGAUCUUGUAAUAUUGCAAACUGACUUUGAAUAGGAUUGAAUUUGAAUAUGGAUUGUGUUCAACUCCUGUAUAGGAAAGGAACCAUUCAACCCAAAAUGAAAAUUUGCUGAUAAUUUACUCAAUUUUAGGCUAUUCAAAACAUAGAUGAGUUUGAUCUUUAUCUGAGGAUAUUAAACAUUACAUCACUUGCUCACCAGGGGAUGCUCUGCAGUGAAUGGGUGCCGUCAGAAUGAGAGCUAAAUAAUAAAAUAAAUAAAAACAUCACAAUAAUCCAAAAGUAAUCCAAAUAAUUUGUAAAAAGAAGAAAAGAUGGAUUUUUUUCACAUGGAGGAAGUGCUAUUAUGGAUUAAGUACUAGUGUUUCAGUUGGACACAACAGUUUGAAGUGUAAAAAAAGUUUUAAUGAUGGAUUUUAUUUUUAAAAACACAGUUUUUUACUUCACAAGACUUUUACUGACGGACUGGAGCAUUGUGCAUUAUUGUGAUGCGUUUAUCAGAUGUUUGGACUCUCAUUCUGACGGCACCCAUUCACUGCAGAGGAUCCACCAGUGAGCAAGUGAUGCAAUGCUACAUUUCUCCAAACCUGUUCUAAUUAAGAAACAAAUGCAUCUACAUCUUGGAUGACCUAAUGGUAAGUAAAUCAGAUCCUCAUCUUUUGGAUCCUUUAAAAAAUGUAUUUUUGUAUAGUGGACCACACGAUUUGCCUUCAACAGUCUGAGCAAUAGAUAUGUGUAAAAGAACAAUGUUUUUGUAAGACCUCAUAUUUAAAGUAUUCAUAUUUCAGUGCAUGCCAGUGUGGUCAUUACACUACAUGUGAAGUUGCACAUGUGGGAUAGGAUAAGACUUAAAUUUACCCUCAGUUUUGCUUUGUAUUUCUCAUCAGCUGUAGUAGGUAUACAUUUUUAGUAAAGAUAAUCAACAUCA